AUGAGCACCUUACACAACAUCGAAGCUGGCAAAAAAACGCUCGGUAUUGUGGAUACACGACAUCCUGAUGGUAUCAGGCCUGCUAUGCGCCUCAACUGGGAUAUACUCGUCGAAAUCAUGUCUUUCUCAGACAACGCAGAUGCCAGCCGAAUGUCGCGGACUUGUCGCACUCUCCUCCAGGCCGCUCCAAAAAUCCUCCUGUCACGAGAAGCCGUUUCGCUCUGUGGUCCCGAACAACUAUCAUCAUUUCUCCAGUACAUGCUCUGUGGAAGGCAGGCCGCGGAACUCAAACUCGUUAUGUUCUAUAAUGAGUUCCUGGAAAUUGACACAAGUAUAAACCGCACCCUCACGAAUCUGUCGAGGCUCCGAACAAUCCAACUUAGCGAUGCCACCGACCCCGCAGCUGAGCUGCUCAAGGAGAUGCAGGCACCACUUACGGGCAUUGAUGCGAGCUUCUUCGACUAUGUUGAUUAUUGGUUUGACCCUGUCGAGACUUUCGCACGUUUCAGACAUUCGCUGCGUGCCAUGAGCCUGGCUUUUGUUCGUUUCGCCAGCGCUGAUAUUCAAUAUCCCCAUGUUGUCAGCCUUUCCGUGGAGCGCUGCAGAUUUGAAGACCUGGAGCACAUCGUGCACUGUUUUCCAGGUCUGCAUGAUCUCAAACUACACGGAAUCUCAUUCGAUUUCAUGGUGGAGAAUGACCUCGAGGAAGAGCGACUGUCGAACCUUGCAUCACAAGCACGCCGUACAUGGUCAUCACUCCAUCGACUCUCAGGCGAUGUCUUGGGGCUAUACAUACUCGGAAUACGCUGCAGGGUGGAUCAUGUCAGUGUAUCCUGUCAACCGCUGAACUCAACGGUCGAUGGUCAAAGGCUCGCUGCUAUUCUCGCCGAUGUUCGACCGACAAGUCUUGAUAUCAGGCUCCGUCUACCGGAGUUUAAGGCAUUGUCGCUAGCCGAAUGCCUGACUCCCACAGCACGAGGACCCUAG